AUGGGAAAUACUAAGGAUUUAAAUCAGUUACGAAGAAAACUUCCGACAGUGAAGACGUUUUCUCAUGAUAAAAUUAAAACUACAAUCUACGUGAAGAGCUCAUCGCCUUACAUUUCCGUGGUGAAACGAACCAACAGGUUUCUUUCCAACCUGCAUAGACGUAAAAGUGAAUACAUUACACUACUGGGCAUGGGUAAAGCUGUUUUCAAAACUCUAUCAGUUGCUGCACACUUCAAUACAAUGGGUGAUUACAAAGUUGACAUAUUAACGAAGACAUUAGAUGUUUUGGAUGAGGUAUUCGCUGAUGAUGGUAAAGAUGAAGAUGGAAAUGAGGUUUCAACAGAGGACAGGGAAACGGAACUGACAAAGCGUACUUUGAGCGGUGUUGAAGUGCGUAUAAGUCCUGUAUAA